CAUUCAACCUUCAUCUCCCUCGCCCCAGAAAACCCCCCCAUCUGCAAACGAGAGAGAGAGAGAAAAGAUGGGUCUUCACGGGCCAUCAAGAUCGCUCAUGGGGAUGUUCUUCUUCCUCAUGCUCUUGGCCUUGUCGUCGGCCGCAGACAUGUCGAUUAUCAGCUACGACCGCGCCCACGGCGGCGACCCCGGCCAGCGCACCGACGCCGAGGUCAUGGCCCUCUACGAGUCGUGGCUCGUGAAGCACGGCAAGGCUUACAACGCCCUGGGCGAGAAGGAGAGGCGGUUCGAUAUCUUCAAGGACAAUCUCCGGUUCAUCGACGAGCACAACUCCGGGAAUCGGACCUACACGCUCGGCUUGAACCGGUUCGCCGACCUGACCAACGAGGAGUACCGGUCCACGUAUCUUGGGACCCGCCCCGAUGCCAGCAGGCGGCUCACCAAGAGCCGGAGCAGCCGCCGAUACGAGCCGCGGCUCGGGGAGCAGCUGCCGGAGUCUGUCGACUGGAGGAAGGAAGGCGCGGUGGUCGGCGUCAAGGAUCAGGGAAGCUGCGGGAGUUGCUGGGCCUUCUCCACCAUUGCUGCCGUGGAGGGGAUAAACAAACUUGUGACUGGUGAUCUGAUCUCGCUGUCGGAGCAGGAGCUGGUGGACUGCGAUACUACUUAUAAUGAAGGUUGCAAUGGAGGUCUCAUGGACUAUGCUUUCGAGUUCAUCAUCAACAAUGGUGGCAUUGACUCUGAGGAAGAUUAUCCGUAUAAAGCUGUCGAUGGCAAAUGUGACCAAUAUCGAAAGAAUGCCAAAGUUGUUACGAUAGAUGAUUAUGAAGAUGUUCCAGCGAACGAUGAGAAAGCAUUGCAAAAGGCAGUUGCUAAUCAACCAGUGAGUGUGGCCAUUGAAGCCGGUGGUCGGGCAUUUCAGUUGUACCAGUCGGGUGUUUUCAGUGGACGAUGUGGUACUGCACUGGACCACGGAGUGACUGCCGUAGGAUAUGGCACAGAAAAAGGUAUGAAUUACUGGAUCGUAAAGAACUCUUGGGGCAAAAGCUGGGGAGAGCAGGGUUACAUCAGAAUGGAGCGUAGCUUGACCAAUACUAUAACUGGCAAGUGUGGGAUCGCAAUGGAAGCAUCUUACCCCAUCAAAAAUGGCCCGAAUCCCCCGAACCCAGGGCCAUCUCCCCCGUCUCCAAUAAAACCACCGACCACUUGUGAUCGUUAUUACUCUUGUGCUGAGAGCACGACUUGCUGCUGCGUCUAUCAGUAUGCCAACUAUUGCUUCGCCUGGGGAUGCUGCCCGCUUGAGGCCGCCACAUGCUGUGAGGACCAUGAAAGCUGCUGCCCUCAUGACUACCCCAUCUGCAAUGUAAAUGAAGGAACCUGCUUGAUGAGCAAGAACAACCCUCUUAGUGUAAAGGCAUUGAAGCGUACCCCAGCACAGUUUCAUUGGGCCUUUGGGAGCGGUGGCAAGAAGAGCAGCGCGUAAUGAGAAGGUUUGCCAAAGUGAAGCAAUUGCAGCGAGUCACUUCAAUAUGCCUACUUCAUUUCACUAUAGUAAGGGGAUUACAGCUGAGUCCCUAUCAGUAUUACCAAACAGUUGAAAAGUUUAAUUGAUGUUAAUCAGACGAAGAAUAUGUAUAUAGUACUAUAUUUAUUGUUGGUGUUUUAUUUGUCAACAGACUGAUUGUUCCUGGCUUCCAGCAUGUUUGUUUAUGGAUCCAGUUAAAUUUACUUAAGAGGAAGUAUGCUCAGUCCUUUGAAUG